GGGCUAAGAAUCUAGUACUAGCAAAAGACAUGAGAAGUGAAUGGUGAUAGUGAUAGUACAGUAGGUAUGAAAGGAAAGGCUAUGUGAUAAAAGUGCGAGAUGAUCAAGGAAAAACCCGAAAAAAGUUCAGAUACCACAAAAGAUGAGGCUGGCAGUUCAGAGAAGGACACUGCUAGUGCAGAGGUUCGAGUUAAAAAGGAGGAUGAUAUCUCUGUCAAGAAAGAACCCUGCUCUGGUCCCAUUACUAAGAAUGGAGGCAUUGUUGGAUCAACAAACACUGGUUCCAUGCAAACCACUCUUGAUCGCAAACCAGACAUACAUUCUGAUGAAUCUGUAGUUCCUGGUUCAGAUCCCAGUUCCUUACCUCUAAAACAAGAGGAAUGCCUGGAUGGAGACUUGGCAGGAGAUGCUUUUGGCUUGGGCCUGCCCACUCCUGGAGGUGGCACUCAUCCACCACCUUCAGAAGGAGUCCAACCUUUAGUCAGCAAUGUCAUAAACAAACAACCAAAUUCAAUGGAGGUUCACUACAUGCAACAGCAGAGUCAGAUCUUUGUGUUCUCCACCAUGUUGGCUAAUUCAGGGGCAGAUGAAGUCUUGCAAGGCCGCUAUCCUUCCAUAAUAGCCUACCACUGUGCUCAGCCUGGUACCAAAAAGUACUUGGAGAAAAACCCACUGAAAGUGACCCAGUUCAAUCGCCAAAACCCAGCCCAGUGGCUCAACAACAUUGCCAUGAUGAAGAGUAAGAGUUGCAAUAGGAGUCCUGGGCUUGGACAGAAAUCUGCAACUACUUUAGAUAAUUUCUUGGGACCUGAUCCUCUUGAUGAGAUGGUAGGCCUGGAUGAGCCUUGGGACACCAAAAGUAAUCACCUGGAAGGCUUAGAUGCUGCAGUCUCCAAUGGAAUACCUGAUGGCGUGCCUGAUAUGGAUGCAUGCAGCCCAUCUCUAACAAAUGUUCAGCCCUCAUUGCAGGGUGUUAAAGUGCCUGAUGAGAAUUUGACUCCCCAGCAGCGGCAGCACCGUGAAGAACAGCUGGCUACCAUAAGGAAGAUUCAACAAAUGUUGCUUCCUGAGAGCCACACCAUGGAAGGGGGACCCCCCUCUGAUCCCAACAUGCCGCCUGGGGGGCCUUCCCCUGUUGCCCCUCAAAUGGAAUGGCAGAAAUUGCAUCACCAGUUCUAUGAUGAUCCCAAAAGGAAACCUGGCCCUGCAGUCCCAGUGGGCCCUGUUAGUGGUGGCAGUGGAACUGGGCCUCCCAUGGGGGCUGUACCUGGUCCUGGUGGCAUGCCUAGGGGUGGGGCCCAAGGACCAAAGCUGCAAGGGCCCCCUCCCCCUUAUCAUCAGACCCAGAGGUCUGCCAGUGUACCUAUUGCCCUGCAGAGUCCUAAUCCUACUUCUCCUAAUAACCCCACUUCUAAUUUAUCUCUACCCUCUCCAAGGGCCUCCUCUGCCCUGAAUUCCCCCGCCGAUCCCAACAGACCUUUUGGCUUGACCAGGCAUAUGAGUACUGGACAGAGCCCUACUUCACAAGACUCCCCCUCGGCACCAAGACUUAAUCACAGCAACCCUGGCACACCCCUGUCUUCACAUCACCUUUCUCCCAGUGUAACUAGCAGUAGCACAGAACCUACUUCUACCCAUCAAUCUACAGUAGAUGGAAUGUUUGGGAGGACUCUACAAUCCAUGGCACAACAGAAACAACAGUUAAGCACAUCAACAACAACUUGUUCAACAACACCAACUAGUGGUGUUGUCAAGGAACCUAAUCUCAUGCCUGUACCCUCUCCACAGCAAAUCCAGUACCUCAACACAUUUGAAGGUCAAGAACUGAUAAUUCAAAAACAACCCAAUACCAGCUUGAAAGAUGGCAGUAUCAUAUCACCUCCAAUUUUGCCGACCACGUUAGACGGUGGUUUUCCCGGCAACACACCAGAUCUUCCACAUACAAGGGUGUCAGGUCCUAACACACCUACAUCAAUGGAUGUGGGUCCAAGAUUUCCUCCAACCCCUUCAGAGGGUUGCCGCUUCCAAAUACCCAGUCCACAUACACCCACUGCCUCUUCACAAGGAGACAAACCUCAACGGCUUCCCGGUUCCGGAGCUCCCGGCUUGAGCCCCCAAACCUGCCCCGGACCUAACUCGGACCCCCUCAAGAACGACCUGUUCCCGACGCCUAGCCCCCACAUGAUGGACGUGCCCAGGUUCCAAGGGCCGAACGCCUCCUCUCCCGGCGCCAAGAUGGCCGGCGGGUUCGUCAACGUGUCCCCGCAAGGCAAACCGCUCGACCUCCCGAACUACGGCUGUCAGAGGGGCGACAACGUGCCCCUCAACCCGAAUUGCACGAGCACCAUGUCGAAUCCCAAAGUGUCGCACUUCGAUCCCAUCUCCUCACUGGCCCAGAUGAGCCAGCAGCUGACCAACAGCGUCGCGAGCUCGCUGAACGGCCAGGGGGGCAACCAAGGGCCUCCGAUGAUGAACUUCGGCUCCCCCUCUAUGCACAUGAUGGAGAUGGGAGUGGGCAGUUGCCACGGCAUGGGCGACAUGGACCAGGGGCCAGGCAACAUGAUGGGCAUGCAGAUGCCGGGCCCCCCGCACGGAUUCCACCCGAACUCCCCGAUGGGGCCCAUCCGCUCUCUCUCGCCCAAGCUGUCAGGUGCCUUCCCAAAUCACAUGCCGAUGCCGCGGAUGAUGGGCCGUCCCCCGGGGCCGCCCAACCCCUACAACGGGGCAAACGUGCAGGUGAAACCGAACGCGCCCAACACGAUCCAGUACCUGCCGGCAAAGCCGCAGGCGCCCGGGCCGCGCGGCCCUCCCAGCCUCGACUUCCUGACCCGCCUCGCCACUCCCAUGAACAUGAUGGAAUCGAAGAUGCAGAAUAUGCAAUACUUCCCGUCGUGCGGCCCGCCCAACAACGGGCCGAUGCCAGGGGGGCCGAUGCCCCCGCACAUGAGCCACCUGGACGGAGGCAUGCAGCAGGAUCCCGGUGGGGGCAUGGGCCCGAUGGGCAUGGGCGGGCAUUUGGGCAACGGCGCCGGACCCAUGGGUCCAAUGGGCGGUAACAUGGGCAUGCCGGCGGGCAUGAUGCCGAUGAUGAGGGGUCCUAUGAGGGCGCCGCCGAUGGGCAUGCGCAUGCAGCAGAUGGUGUUCAACGGGCCGCCGGGCGGGGCGGGGGUAGGCGUGCCCGACAGCAUGUUCAAUGCGGGCCCGAACAUGGGCAACCCGUCGGGGCAGAUGUUCGUGAGCGGGCCGAAGGGCAGCCCGAUGGGCAUGGGCGCUCCGGAAGCGACCCAGCCCCUGCCGCCGUCGAUGGGGCAGAGCAACAGCUUUAAAAAUUCACCGUUCAUGGGCCCCACCACGGCGGAUCCCAAUUAUGCACAGCAGUUCCACAACUUCCAGCAGCAAUUGUACGCCACCGGCACUCGCAGUCAGAUGGGGGGACAGGCGAUGGGGCCCGGGCCUGGGCCCCCACACAUGCAACAACCUCCCUAUUACAAUCCCAAAUAGCGAAUAUGGUGCUGAGUGAGUGGUUCAGAGUAUUUUGUUUUAUUUUUGAUAUUACUAAUGAGUAAUCCGGCAAUAAUAAGAAUGUGAGAUUGAGUUGUACAUUGACAAGUGUUACGCAUCGAAUUCAAGUGCAGUUAAGGGUCAUGUAAAAAGUUGCCUGCCCAAAGGCUCUGUUUGCCUAAAUACUUAAACGCUAUUCUGGAUUUGUAUAUUUGCCAUAAAUCAACUAGAAAGACUUAGUAUAAUGUAAGUGUUGGACUUGCUUGGUCCUUUUUGAGACGGAGGUUUCACUAUUGCUCAUUUGUUUCUAUCCAUCUGUUAUUCGUUUAUUGUACAUUUUAUGAGUAUUCAAUGAAAUGAUAACAAUAAAAUUCUAUAUUA